GGAAAUUUUAAUUUGUUAUGAUACUGUUGCUGGUGUUAUUACUAUCUUGACCGUCAUCUAACAGAAGUAAUUCUUUAUUUAUAGUAUCAAUAUUUCAAUCUGACUAAAUUUGUUACCGAAAGUCACAAUGGAACAAUUCUUAAUAGCAUUUAUCGUAACACUGUUGUUGAUUCACAAUUCCGCAAAGUGCCCCAAACCUAAAUAUAUUGAAUCUUAUUAUCUUUACAGGACAAAAUGUUGUAAUGCAAGUUUGGAUGUCUUUAAGCCGUUUCCUAACGGAAAGUACCCCGAGAGGCCGAAGUUUUUUCAACUAACAGAUUUCCUGCGAAACGAGAAAAAAGGAAUUAAAGCUGUGUGGAAUGCAAGUUUAACCCAUUUAAAAGGAUUUAAGAUUGAAUAUGAUUUUGAUGACAAAAUCUGUAGAAUCUUGGACUUUUCUGAAUUUCUAAAGAACAAAUCCAUUAGUAAUUAUGACUUUGAGUUUAAUCUACAUCCUGUAAGAAUGAAUAAAGAAAUUUUGGUUCAUCUUCAUCCGUUGCCGGAAUCUGGGAACAAUUACCUGACUGCCAAAGUCGAUACGUUCAUGUGUCGCGAAUGGGUAACCCCGAUUGAUUAUAAAUUAGAAGAAAACAAGUUAAUUGUGGACUUUGAACAAGGACCUUCAAAGUGUGAUAUAAAACAAUAUAAUGUAGCGCUUCAUAAUACAAAUUCAACCAUUUUAAUAAGUGCGGUUGUCAAUUCUUCCCAGACAACCUCAAAAUUAACCCAUGAAUUUCAUAGAAUAUGUUCCGGAAACUACUACACAACUGUUGAAAUAAUUGAUGAAUUUUGGAACGUUGAUGGGAAAUGUAUAUGUAAGAACGAAUAUAGUAGAUGUGGUGUCGACUGUAUUCGGUCGAAAAGCACAGACUUUCAAAUUUCUAGUUUUCCGUGUACAACGCCUUCGUCAACAGAUGUCACUGCACCAUCUCCAAAUCUUACAACAGAACCUAAGAGCACUUUUAACCUAACCAUAUUCCUUGCUAUUAUUGGUGCUAUGAUCGGUCUACUACUUUUGGUGCUUAGUUUUUACUGUUUCAAGCGAACAAUUCAAGAGAAAAGAGGACUGCUGUUUUAUACAGAGGACCAUUCCUACCACUGUGAAGCCAUCGAUCAGUUUGUAUCUCUCAUGAAUAUGAGCAAGUGUAAACUAGAACUUGCUGCGCGUCUAGUGAAAGGCAGCGAUCCUUCGAGGCUGACUUUAGAAAUCCAAAGGUCCGAUUUUAUAAUUCUUGUAUACUCCAAAGCUCUUCACAAAAGAAUCCAGGCGUGGAAAAACAGCCAGGAUUACAUAAAUUUUUUAAAAGAGGACAACUCAGCGCUUUUGACAGCUUCCCUUCUCAAGGAACUUGAAGAAAGCAACAAACUUAUCAUUUGUAAGUUCCCUCAGGUACCAAACUCCAGUGUGAGCGGCGAGUUUCCUUCGGUCAAGUGCUACACACUCACGAAAGAGCUGAGAUUGCUUAUUCAACAAAUCCACGGAAGAGGAGUGGAUCACGAACUUGCCGUUCUUGACAGAAGUAACAAACUCAAUCACAACUCUUUGACAAACACUAUUAAGAAUGCUACCAACUUUGAAGAAAACAGUUCCUAUUGGUUUGAAGACAAAUAUAUUUGCCCUAAGAAAAUGGAGUCUUUAAAUGAAAUGCCUGAUUAUGCUGAAAACUUUUCAGAUGGAUGUGAACAUAGUAUUUAUUCCAUUCCUAUAAGUUCCAAAUUGGAACAGAUUAAUGAGUAGAAUGACUCGUUAGCUUAAAAGAUUCGCAGACGGGAUUCAUUUGUUUCAACAAAGAUUUGGUUUCAUUUUUAUAUUUUUAAAUCUCAUCCGGGAUCCUUCCUGCUUUUGUUGGAUCUUUUCGGUUUGAACGGCAGUUUUUUCUAGCGAUGUCAUAUGAAAUUGUCACCCAUAAU